AUAUAUAUAUAUCACGUCACAAGUGUCUCGCUACUGUUUUCAACCUGCACACGCCUAACCUCGGGUCCGCGUGCUUUCGGUCUUGUUGAGAGCACGUUUCAUUCAUGAGCACAAGUACACUGUGGCGGUUUCACCUGACAGAACACACCCAAUGAGGACGCCUUUGAAGCGGCUAUGUUUAGCCUGGUAACACGUUGUGAACUGCACACAGCCACGCACAACCGACCGGUGUAAUGUUGACCCACAUCUUCUCCCAGUGCUGACGUCAGGACGUUCACAGUCCAGGAGGUGCACGGUGCCACAACAGUAAUCGCCAUGCACCACCACGACAUCCCCUUCAUCGACGAUGACCCUUCACAGACCGGGCCAACCGAGAACCACCUCCACCAAAACAAUUCCUCUCAAACUAUCAGCACGCAACCACGCACAAAUGAAGUACCCCCCUGCUCCGAAAAUUGCCUACAAAUCGUGCCUUACGUUCGGCCGAGGACGCGGGGCUUCACCAAUCUUCAAUACGCUGCAAAAGAGGGGAACUUGCAACUCGUGAAGAAAUUGUUGUCAGAGGGUCGAACUGACAUAGAAAGCAUAGGUGAAUAUGGGCGAACUGCAGUGAUGCUGGCAGCGGAGAAGGGGCAUAGAGUCGUGUUUGACGUCCUUGUUAACGCAGGAGGUGACAUGACAGUGGUGGACGAUGACGGCAACAACAUCCUUCACUUAGCUUGUCUUGGAGGUAAUGUGGACAUGGUGAGGGGUGUUCUCUCGAGAAACGCUGUUGAUAUUAACAGCAGAGGCCAGUUUGGACGGACGCCUGUGAUGGUUGCAGCAGAGAAGGGUUGUAAAGGAAUGUAUAACAUGCUGGUCAGUUUCGGUGGAAAUGAAACACUGUUUGAUGAGGAUGGUAACAACAUCCUUCACGUCGCCUGUCUCGGAGGUAAAGAUGACAUGGUGAGAUAUAUCAUUGCAAAGAACAUUGUGGAUGUCAACAGUAGAGGCCAGUGUGGGAGUACUCCUCUGAUGCUGGCCUCAGAGAAAGGUCAUAAAGGAAUAUUUGACUUAAUUGUGAAGAGGGGCGGCAAUGUGCGGGCACUGGAUGACUAUGGAAACAACAUUCUCCACAUGGCCUGUUGUGGAGGCAAUGUGAGGAUGGUGCGGUAUCUGAUUUCUAAACGUUUCAUUGACAUCAACAGUAAAGGACAGGAUGGAGGAACGCCUUUGAUGUGUGCUGCGGAGAUGGGACACAGAGUGGUAUUUGAAAUACUUGUUAGAAAAGGAGGCAAUGUUUCAUUAUUGGACGAUAAGGGAGAUGAUAUCCUCCAUGCGGCCUGUUUAGGAGGUAACACUGACAUGGUCAGGUACAUCCUGUCGAAAUACAGGAUUCCUGUUAACAGUAGGGGGCAGUUCGGAAGAAACCCAGUCAUGGCGGCAGCGCAGCAAGGUUGUAAAGAACUGUUUGACUAUCUUGUACGAAAAGGAGGCAAUGUGACGCAUAUAGACAAUGACGGUAACAACAUUCUUCAUGUCGCAUGCAUAGGAGGCCACGUUCAGAUGGUACAACAUGUCCUCUCGAUGGGGUUUGGCAUUGACAUCAACAGUAGGGGCCAACAGGGGAAGACACCGGUAUGGGUUGCAGCACAGAUGGGACCCAGAGAUGUGUUUGACUUUCUGGUAGGUGAAGGGGCUGACAUUUCUCAAGCGGAUGAUGACGGAAACAAUAUACUACAUGCUGCAUGUCUUGGGGGUAAUAUAGAGAUGGUGAGGCACAUACUCGCUGGGAAUAUUAUGGAUAUCAAUGCCAGGAAUAAAUUCAACUCGACGGCAGCAAUGCUCGCCAACACAGAUGGACAACGGUUAAUAUUCGAUAUUCUUGUUGCUCACGGAUGUACAGUAGAUCUAGAGUAAUACAUAGGGUGUCCCAAGCGGGUUUUGAAUGUUUAUAUGUUGUAAUAUUAAAUAACAUGAUAUAUGUAAUACCAACA